UGCGUAAAUAAAAAAAUGUCGGCCUCUGCAUCGGAAUCAACUUCUCCGCCUGGGGAUGGUGACGGUAAUCUUGUGCUUUGCAUGGUAUGCGGUGCCCCCUUCCAGAGUACGCAGGAUUGCCUUGCCCACGCGCUGCUCAAGCAUGGCAGCAAGCUCCAGAAGCAACUGCGAAAGCGAUUGAACGCCAUUACCACGAUAUUAAACAGCGCACAAAGCCAAUCCGAACGCCAUGAGCUGCGGGAGGCUCUCGAGAAGUCCAAGCCCGGCGGGCACCUGCGCACCGUAUUGAAUAUCUUUGCUGUUGAUCUCGAAAAGAUGAAAACCUGCUUCGAGCACGUCCGCAACUGCAUAGAGAAGGAGAUGAAGGGCAAGGUUAGGGUGUUCCCCUUUGGUUCACUGGUUACAGGCUUAGCAUUGAAGGAGAGCGACCUCGAUUUGUUUGUGGAGCCCAACGGCAACCAGCCACCAUUGUGCCAUCAGUAUCUAUACAACAGGACUUCAUACUUUUUACGAAGUUCCAAAUGCUUUGCAGAUGUAAACACCAUUCGUCAUGCCAGCGUGCCCAUCAUUAGAUGUAAGCAUCAGCUCACCGGACUGAACAUAGACUUCAAUAUGUCAAAUCCGAAUGGCAUAUUUAACUCCCGAUUUGUGGGCGAACUGAUGCUUCGCAAUGAGCGGAUACGCGAGCUCAGCUUAUUUUUGAAAAUCUGGGCCAAGAAGCUAAAAUUGAUUUGCAAUGGCGGCAUGACAAGCUAUUGCUUAAUAUCCUUGAUCAUCGUAAACUUGCAAGUGAAUCGAAUAGUUCCAUCCGUCAAACAGCUCCAGUCACUCUGUCCACCGGUUAUUUUGUCGGGCGUUAACUUUGCCUACAGCCUGGACCUAACGCCGCCGAUUACAGAACGGCUCACCACGCUGGAUUUACUUAAAAACUUCUUCAUAUACUACAGCACUGUCAACUUUGACAAAAGUUUAUUGAGUCCGUUUCUGGGCGGCUGUGUGGACAAGGAGACAACACUGGGCAUACCAGGAGGAUUUCCCGAGUACGAUGAGCAACAGAAGCUCGUGCAUGAUGCAACAGGUGAGCCGCCACACGCUUUCCAGCUGGAUAGAGUUAUGUGCGUACAGGAUCCCUUCGAGCUGAACCGCAACGUGGCCAAAUCAGUGUCCAUUGCAAAUUUAUUUUACUUUAGACAAUGCCUAGUCCUGGCUGCUCAAGCAUGCAGCGAUCAGGAACUAACUUCGCAACCAGAGAAGCUAUACGACUACCUAUUAUUUGGCCUGGCGGAUAAGUUAGUAGCCGACAAGAUAGUGGCAGAUAAAAGAUGGCAGAUUCAAUGCCAAAUUGAAGACAGAUCUUAA